ACUGGAUGCAGGCCUUAGAUACUGCAGGUCAUAGAUUGUAUGCAGGCCUGGACCUUUAACCUUUCUUCACAAAAAAGAUGGCGUCAGGACCGCCCAUUCAACCAGUCUCCUCCCCUCACAUCCACGGCUGUACACACCUUCUCACUCCCGCUCCUCCAGUCCUCCUCUUUCUCCUUCUGUGCCACCAAUGUUGCUCAAGUGUGCUUCAAAGAAUGACUGACACUGGAGAGGCCGACGACGAAUUCCAGUUUCUACGAACGGGAGAUGAAGUGGUUUUGCAGAGUACCUUCACCUCCCAUGAGGAACAUGUGAAGCUCUGUCUGGCAGCAGAGGGAUUUGGCAGCAGACUUUGCAGACUUGAGCCCACCUCUAACUGCAAGAAUGUUCCUCCAGACUUGUCUGUAUGUGGCUUUGUCGUGGCCCAGUGUCUGUCUGUUCGAGCCCUGCAAGAGAUGCUGGCCCACAGUGAGCACCUGGCUACAGAGGUGGGAGCUGGAGGAAGCCAUCGCACCCUUCUGUAUGGCCAGGCAGUGUUGUUCCUACACUCAUACAGUGGCAUGUAUCUCAGCUGCUUGUCUUCAUCUCACGCUUCAACGGACAAGCUGGCUUUUGAUGUUGGUCUGCAGGAGGAUAAAGCAGGUGAGGCAUGUUGGUGGACCGUCCACCCAGCAUCCAGACAGAGGUCAGAGGGUGAGAAAGUGCGUGUUGGAGAUGACCUCAUACUGGUCAAUGUUUCCUCAGAGAGAUAUCUGCACCUGUCCUUUGGCACUGUAUUUGACAACAAAAGCUUAAGUGACAGCCUGAUUGUCAAUGCAGCCUUCCAGCAGACUCUCUGGAGUGUCGCUCCCAUUUGCUCUGGAGGUGGAGUCGCUCAAGGAUACCUGAAGGGGGACGACACAUUGCGGCUACUCCACAGCCAUAGUGACGCCUGUCUGACUAUUCCGUCCACAGAGCAGGGAGAGGAACUGCAAAGGAUAAUGCAUUAUGAGAUUGGAUCAGUCUCCAGCCAUGCCCGCUCUCUCUGGAGGCUGGAGAUUCUGCGUGUUGUUUGGAGUGGUAGGCACACAUGCUGGGGGCAGCCUUUCCGGCUCCGCCAUGUGACCACUGGGAGGUACCUGGGUCUUACAGAUGAGAAAGGCCUACAUCUGGUCGAUCGAGACAAGGCCGACAUCAACACAACCUCCUUCUGCUUUCGAUCAUCGAAGGAGAAGCUUGACGCUGGCACAAAGACAAACGUCGAUGGCAUGGGGAUCCCAGAGAUCAAGUAUGGAGACUCCAUUUGUUAUGUUCAGCAUGUAGACUCCGGGCUCUGGCUCACCUACCAAGCUAUUGAUGCCCAAUCUACACGCAUGGGAGGGGCGCAGCGAAAGGCCAUUUUGCACAGCGAGGGCCAUAUGGAUGAUGGGCUGACGCUGUCUCGUUCUCAGAGGGAAGAAUCUCACACUGCCCGACUCAUCCGGAGUGCUACUCUCCUCUUCACUCGCUUUAUCAGGAAACUGGAUGGCUUUACUCAACAAGGAAACCUGACAUCUGUCAGCCUGCCAAUGGAGAUAGUGACAUGUAGUCUGCAGGAUCUGAUAAACUAUUUCCAGCCUCCACCGGAGGGUCAAGGCCAUGAAGCUAAACAGAACAACAUGACAGCGCUAAAGAAUCGCCAGAACAUGUUUCAAGAAGAGGGCGUGAUAGAUUUGGUCCUAGAUUGUAUUGACCGUCUACACCAAUAUAGUAGUGGCUCUCAUUUUGCUGAGGCUGCUCAGAGUGACACAGGAGAAGAGUGGGAGACCAUCCUCAACCGUUUCUAUGAGCUGCUGGCUGCUCUGAUCCGGGGAAACCGUGCGAACUGUGCACAUUUCUCAGGUUCUCUAGACUGGCUGAUUAGCAGGCUAGACCGUCUGGAGGCCUCUUAUGGAGUCUUGGAGGUUCUACACUGCGUCUUAGUGGAAAGCCCUGAAGCACUCAACGUCAUCAAGGAAGAACACAUUCAUUCUAUCAUCUCUUUUCUAGACAAGCAUGGAUGCAACUGCAAGGUGCUGGAGGUGCUGUGCUCUCUGUGUGUGUGUCACGGUGUAGCUGUGCGGUCCAAUCAGAACCUCAUCUGUGACAACCUGCUGCCAGACAGAGAUUUGCUGCUUCAAACACGACUGGCUAAUCAGGUCACCAGCAUGAGACCAAACAUAUUUUUGGCUUUGGGGGAAGAUUCAGCCCAGCAUCGGAGGUGGUAUUAUGAGCUGGUUGUGGAUCAUGUCGACUCCUUCCUCACAUCUGAGCCCACACACCUGCGUGUUGGCUGGGCUCGCACUGAGGACUACCAGCCCAGGCCCACAGGUGGUGAAGGCUGGGGGGGCAGCGGCGUGGGAGACGACCUCUGCUCGUACGGCUUUGAUGGGCUUCACCUCUGGUCAGGCUGCGUGGGCCGCAGGGUGAGCUCUCUCUUCCCUCACCUGCUGAAAGAUGACGAUGUGGUCAGCUGCUGUCUAGACCUCAGUGCUCCCUGCAUCUCCUUCCGGGUCAACGGUCUGCCUGUGCAGGGCAUGUUGGAGAACUUCAGUGCUGAUGGACUUCUUUAUCCUGUUAUCAGCUUCUCUGCUGGAGUCAAGGUUCGUUUUCUGUUUGGAGGACGACAUGGAGAGUUUCGCUUCUUGCCCCCACCAGGUUUUGCUCCAUGCUCUGAUGCUUUGCUCCCGAGAGUCAAGCUGAAGUUAGAGCCAUGUCAGAAAUACAUCUUGGAUCAUGGAGAGGGGAAACAAGAGCUCAUUGGCCCCUUAGUACCUGCCACUCCAGUGACCUUUACUCCCACACCAGUAGACAUCAGCAAGGUGGUAUUGCCUCAACAACUUGAGGAUAUCCGAGAAAAAAUGGCUGAGAAUAUCCAUGAUCUCUGGGCAAUGGACAAGAUUGAUCUUGGAUGGACACAUGGACCUGUGAGAGAUGAAGUCAAGAGGCACGAUCCGUGUCUAGUUGAGUUCUCCAAGCUGUCUGAGCAGGAGAGGAACCAGAACCUUCAGAUGGCUCAGGACACCCUCAGGACUCUCCUUGCCCUUGGUUUCCACAUUGGUUUGACUGAUGACCACGCUGAGGAGAGAAUCAACUACACAAGACUAGCCACCAAGUAUGAGCAGCCCAGUGGCUAUAGACCGGCCCCAGUAGACUUGAGCCAGGUUUUUCUGAGCCCAGCCCUCGAGGAAGUGGUUCACUUGCUGGCAGAGAACGAUCAUAAUGUAUGGGCCAGAGAGCGCAUCAAGCAGGGAUGGACCUAUGGAGCCCUACAGGAUGUGAAAGCGAAGCGUAGCCCGCACCUCGUGCCCUACAGCCUUCUUGAUGAAAGGAGUAGGAGAGUGGGCAGGGAGAGUGUCAGAGAGGCCGUCUGUACUCUGCUGGCCUACGGUUACAGCUUGGAGCCUCUCAACCAGGAACGGACCACAUUAUCAAAUCCAUGUCUCUUCUCUGCCGAGAAGUGCAGAGUGUUCCGACCAGAUAAAUCCUACUCUGUGACCCGGGGGAAGUGGUACUUUGAAUUUGAAAUAGUGACAGCUGGUAAUAUGAGAGUGGGCUGGGCCCGACCAGGCUGUACCCCCGAUAAAGAGCUCGGCUCAGAUGACCAGGCGUUUGUCUUCGAUGGAUUUGAGGCUCAGUGGUACCAUCAGGGCGUUGAGCCCCUGGGACGUCCGUGGCAGAGAGGCGAUGUGGUGGGUUGCUUGGUGGACAUGGCUGAACGCACCAUGAUGGUCACGCUCAAUGGAGAGGUGCUGUUUAAUGACAGAGGAUCAGAGCUGGCUGCCAAGGACUUUGAUAUCGGAGACGGCCUGUUGCCUAUGGUCAGUGUCGGGGUGAACCAGGUGGGAAGGCUGAACCUGGGUCGUCAAGCGGGCUCUCUGCAGUACUUUACUGUGUGUGGCCUGCAGGAGGGCUAUGAACCAUUUGCUGUCAACAUGGCCAGAGACCCAGCCCUGUGGAUGAGUUGGAAACAGCCUCAGUUUACCUCUAUAAUGCCUGAUGAUCACAACCUACAGGUCACUAGAGUCGGUGGCUCAAAGGAUUCCUUAUCCAGCCUGAGGGUUUCUCAGCGGUUGUUUGCACACCACGGCGGAGGCAGUGAGAUGGGCUUUUACCGGCUCAGCAUGUCCAUCCAAUGUGCUGCCAUCCUCACAAGCCCUGCGGGGGGCGUGCUUCCACUGGCCUCCAACUCUCUCUCUCCAGGAAGGAAAGAGCAGGAGGAGGUGGACUCUGACUUUGAAGUACUGAUGAAGUCAGCCCACAGCUUUGCUGGCUCAAGAGAUGAGCUCAACCAUAAGGAUCAUAGUCACGACAAAACAUCAAGAUUGAAACAACGGUUCAUGCUGAAGAGGACUAAGCCAGAGCUGGUCAGCAGCAACUCAUCUGCACGGCUUCUAGAAGAUGUCGUAGUCGACAAAGAUAACCAUGAUCACCUUAUCCAGAGCUCCAGAUAUUACUAUUCAGUGAGGGUUCUUCCAGGCCAGGAGCCGUUCAAUGUGUGGGCAGGCUGGGUGACCUCUGACUUUCAUCAACACAACACGACUUUUGACCCUGACGAUGUCCUCACUGUGACAGUCACCCUCGGAGAUGACAGUGGCAAAGUCCAGGAAAGUGUGAAGCGGUGCAACUGUUACAUGGUGUGUGCUGGAGAGGCAACAGGCCUGUCUCAGAGUCGGAGAAGUGCAGGGUUGGAAAUUGGCUGUUUAAUCGACACAACCACUGGGCUUCUCACGUUUACCUCCAGUGGAGUGGAAAUGGCCACCUUCUACCAAGUGGAAGCCGGUACAAAGCUGUUUCCGGCUGUGUUUAUCAAGCCCACCACGAGCAACAUGUUUCAGUUUGAACUGGGACGCGUCAAGAAUGUGAUGCCACUGUCAGCAGGUUUGCUUCGCAGCCAAAGAAGGAAUGCCGCUCCUCAGUGUCCUCCAAGGUUUCAGGUCCAGCAUCUCAACCCGGUGUCGUGGACCAGAGUACCGGACCGUGCAUUAAAGGUGAUGGUGGAUCGGCCAGAUGAGCACCACGGCUGGAGAGUCCAAUGCCAUGAUCCCUUGCAAGUCAUGACCCUUCAGAUCCCCGAUGAAAACAGGUCUGUUGACAUCUUGGAGUUGUCGGAACUUGACGACCUCUUGACCUUUCAUCACCACACUCUCCUCCUGUACUGCUCUUUAUGCGCCCUUGGAAACACCAGAGUUUGCCAUGCCCUCUGCAGUCACGUGGACCAAUCCCAGGUCCUUCAUGCCAUUCAGAAUCCCCACCUCCCUGGCCCACUCCGCUCUGCGUUUUAUCAGCUUCUUAUUCAGGUUCACCUCAGCAGCCACACCGCAGCAUGUCACCUGAUGAACCACGAAUACAUUGUGCCUAUGACUGACCAGACCAGGGAAAUCACCCUCUAUCCCAGCCCUGCUAAUGGUGUUAAUGGGGAGAAUGGUCAACCUCAAGAAGGCAUUUCCAGCACUGGUCUCAGCACAUCCCUUAAACCACGGAUGCAUUUCUCAUCUCCUUGUUUUGUCAGGAGUGAUGGGAUGGACGGAGACGCAGCAGGUGAAAUAGCCUGCACAGACAGUCCAGAAAUCCCUUUGGACACAUUGAAGAACCUGACUGUGGAGAUGCUGACUGAUGGAGUACGGGCUGUGGGUCAGGGUGUGAGGGAUCCUGUAGGAGGCAGCAUUGAGCUUCUGCUGGUUCCCCUAAUUAGACUGUUCUACACUUUACUGGUUAUGGGGGUAUUCGGGGAUGAGGAUCUGGGGAAAGUUUUGAGACUGAUAGAGCCGAGAGUCUUCUCGACAGAUGCCGAAACCCUCGAGAAGGAAGAGAGAGAAGAAGAUGGUGAUGAUGAAAAAGAAUGGAAAGGGGGCAACGAAAAAGAAGAUGAAACGCUUAAACAAGGACUUCUCCAAAUCAAGCUUCCAGAAGCCGUCAAACUUGAGCUCUGCCAUCUGCUGUCCUACCUGUGUGACUGCCAGGUGCGCCACAGGGUAGAAGCUGUGGUCGCCUUCUCUGACAACUUUGUGGGUCAGCUGCAGGAGAACCAGCGCUUUCGUUACAACCAGGUCAUGCAGGCACUCAACAUGUCCGCCGCUCUCACCGCCCGCAAGACCAAGGAGUUCCGCUCACCUCCACAGGAGCAGAUCAAAAUGCUGCUGAGCUUCAGAGAGGAUGAGCAGCAGGAGAACUGUCCUUGUCCAGUGGAAAUCCAACAGCUCCUGCAAGACUUCCACCACCUGCUCAACACACACUGUGGCAUUGAAUUGGACAGUGACACAGCGGAUGAAGAGGAUGCCGAGAUGUCUCUAAAAGAUCGACUUCUCAGUCUGGUGGCGAGAGUCAUUGGACUGAAGAAGACGCCGAUAGAAGUGGAGGGGAGUAGACCGCAGAGUGCCAAGUCCCUCAAAACGCUGAUCUCUGAGACGAUGGUGCAUUGGGCUCAAGAGACUGAGAUGGAGGACCCUGAACUGGUUAGGGCUGUCUUCUCGUUGCUGCACCGCCAGUAUCAGGGCCUUGGGGGCCAAAUGGCAGGACACCUCUGCAGAGCCUAUACAAUCAGCCAGGCGUCGGUAGAAGACACCAUGGCUCUCCUGUCCUCCCUGAGCCAAAUCCGCUCCCUCCUCAGUGUCCGCAUGGGGAAAGAAGAGGAGCGGCUGAUGAUCAGAAGGCUAGGGGACAUCAUGAAUAAUAAAGUUUUCUACCAGCAUCCAAAUCUAAUGAGGGCAUUGGGGAUACAUGAGACAGUGAUGGAGGUGAUGGUCAAUGUUCUUGGGGAAGGGGAAUCAAAGGAGAUUACCUUUCCCAAGAUGGUGGCCAGCUGCUGUCGAUUCCUGUGCUAUUUUUGCCGCAUCAGCCGUCAUAAUCAGGGAGCCCUGUUUGACCAUCUCAGCUACCUGCUGGAAAACAGCAGCGUUGGCCUAGCUUCACCAUCCAUGCGUGGGGCCACUCCUCUGGAUGUGGCAGCGGCCUCCGUUAUGGAUAAUAAUGAACUGGCCUUAGCGCUGAGGGAACCUGACCUAGAGAAGGUGGUUCAGUACCUUGCUGGCUGUGGUCUUCAGAGCUGUCCGAUGCUAGUGGCUAAAGGCUAUCCUGAUAUCGGAUGGAACCCUGUGGAGGGCGAGCGUUAUCUGGAUUUUCUACGUUUUGCUGUCUUCUGCAAUGGUGAGAGUGUAGAGGAGAAUGCUUACGUGGUGUUGAGGUUGUUGAUUCGUCGGCCUGAGUGUUUUGGACCUGCCCUGCGAGGUGACGGGGGAAAUGGCCUCCUGGCAGCCAUGGAGGAAGCCAUCAGGAUCUCAGAGGACCCUUCUAUGGACGGACCUUGCACCACCUACCAGUCCAACAGAACACUAGAUGUGGUCCAGGACAAUGAUGAUGACCUCAUUCACAUGGGGCAUGCCAUCAUGACCUUCUACUCGGCCCUUAUCGACUUGCUGGGACGCUGUGCUCCAGAGAUGCAUUUGAUUCAACGAGGCAAAGGAGAAGCCAUCCGCAUUCGAGCCGUUCUGAGGUCGCUCAUCCCCAUUCAGGAUCUUGAGGGAGUCAUCAGCAUCUCCUUUCAAAUUCCUUCAGUGUCUAAAGAUGGUCUUGUGGUUGAGCCUGACCUAUCUACAGUGUUCUGCCCAGACCACAAGGCAGCUAUGGUUCUGUUCCUGGACCGGGUUUAUGGCAUUGAGAACCAGAAUUUUCUUCUCCACCUACUAGAAGUUGGCUUUCUGCCUGACCUUCAGGCAGCUGUUUCUCUCGACACUGCUGACUUAGGGUCCACUGAUAUGGCCCUGGCCCUCAACAGAUACCUGUGUACAUCUGUGCUUCCCCUGCUCACCAAAUGUUCAGCUCUCUUCUGUGCUUUAGAGGACCACGCUUCGCUGGUGGAUUCUCUCAACCAGGCAAUCUACAGCCUCUCCAGAGCUCUUAGCUUGACCACGGCUCAGAGAGACACUAUUGAAGAUUGUUUGUUGGCUGUAUGCAGUAAACUUCAACCAUCUAUGAUGCAGCCUCUUCUUCGACGUCUCGUCUUCGAUGUUCCCCAUCUCACAGACUACAGCAAGAUGCCACUAAAGCUCUUGACCAGUCACUACGAGCAGAGGUGGAAGUACUACUCCCUAGCUGGAGGGCAGGGCGACCAGGAUUUGGCCUCUGAAGAGGAGCUCCACCUGUCUAGAAAGUUGUUCUGGGGCGUAUUUAAGGCCUUGGCAAAGAAGCCCUAUGAGCUUCAGUUAUUCAGGCUGUGUGUCCAGUGUCUGGCUGCAGUGGCCAAGGCCCUGCCUCCUGACCACAUGGACUCAAGCUGUGUGUCCCAUACAGAGGGAAAAGCCUCGAUGGACACGGACGGACACUUUGACCCCCAACCUGUGGUUACCUCCAACGUGUCAGUGCCAGAGAGACUGGAGUUUGUAGUGAACAAGUAUGCAGAGCACACUCACGAGAAGUGGUCACUGGAAAAGUUUGCCAACGGCUGGGUUCAUGGGGAGCAGCUAUGCGAGAGCACCAAGGUUCACCCUCUCCUCAAGCCGUACAGGGCUGUGGCAGAAAAGGAGAAGGAAGCAUACCGCUGGGCCAUUAAAGAAACGAUAAAGAGUAUGCUGGCCUUUGGAUGGACCAUAGAGAGAACCAAAGAAGGAGACGCAUUUGGCACGCAUACCUGCGCACAGAGAGUAUCUCAGUCUGGACAGCUGUCUUUUGAAGGAGCAUCAACCUUCAGCCCCAAACCUAUGGACAUGAGCAGCAUCACCUUAUCAUGGGACCAAUGUGCUAUGGCUGAACAGUUGGCUGAAAACUACCACAAUGCCUGGGCUAAGAGGAAGAAAUUAGAACUUGAGAGUAAAGGAGGGGGUGGCCAUUCAAUGCUUGUACCCUAUGAUACCCUGACUGCCAAGGAGAAGACUAAAUUCAGAGAGCGAGCCCAGGAUGUCCUCAAGUUCCUUCAGCUCAAUGGUUACACUGUGUGGAGGGAUCGGAAGACAGUGGAGAUGGACUUUCCAGCCGUAGCCAACUGCUUUGGCUACACUCUCCUUCAGCGGCUGCUCUCUCACACCGAGGAUGCCCAAGAGCACAUGUUGGAGCUGGAGGUGAUGCAAGCCAGAGGACAGAUGUCUAAAGGAGAGAGAGCUCCACACCAGCAACCACUUCAUUUUUUCCCCAAGGUAAUCCUUCCUCUUUUGGAACAAUAUGUGAUGAGCCACCGUCUGUAUUUCCUCACCACUUCUCUCUGCUCGCGAAGCCAUGCGUCAAAAAAGGAAAAGGAGAUUAUUGCAAGUCUCUUUUGUAAGAUUGCAGCUCUAGUAAGACACAGGAUCUCACUCUUUGGAAACGAAGCCUCCUCAGUUGCAAGCUGCCUCCACGUUUUGGCUCAGGCUCUGGAUGCCAGGGCAUUGAUGAAGUCAGCACCAGAGGCUAUCCAAGCAUCUCUGCAUUCAUUCUUUGAGGCGGCUGCAGCUGAUCUGGAGAUGACCGUGGAAAACCUUUCUGUGACCUUAGUCUGUUUGCCUCCGAGUAGGAGUCAACAGGCUAGAGGAGUGGCCAAGGUUCUCAGCUUCACCACCUCCGUUCUCCUCCCCACCCUCACUUCCCUCUUCCAGCAUCUUAGCAACCAAAACUACGGAGUGGACCUUCUGGUGGGGAGUAUCCAGGUGUCCUGUUACAGGAUCCUCAACAGCCUCUACUCUCUUGGCACCAGUAGCAGCAUCUACAUGGAGGGGCAGAGGUCAGCAGCAGGUGCUUGUCUCGCAGCCCUGACUGGGACUUUUCCUGUAUGCUUCCUGGAGCCAUCCCUAAACCAAAACAACCCUUACUCCAUCUACAACACCAUGAGUGCUUCUGAGAGAGAAGACCUGGGGCUGCCAGAUCAGGUGGUGGACAUGUGUCCUCUCUUGCCCUCUCUGGAAGAAGCUCUGGGGGAAGUAAAGGAGUUGGCAGGUGCUGGCGCCGGAGCUCGCCAGGCGCACUACAUCCAUGUCACGAAGGUCACUUUGCCUAUGCUGUGCAGCUACAUGUCCCGCUGGUGGCACUGGGGCCCUGAGGGCCAGCAAGACAACCCAAUCUGCACCGCUGUCAUUCCUCAACAUGCUAGUGACCUUCUUGGCCACAUUCUCCGUAUCAUCCACAACCAUGUGGGAGCAAGCCAGGGUGACUGGAUGAAACAGCUGGCAGUUUUUUCUCAGCCAAUUAUAUGCAAAGCCCGCAGUGAGCUGUUAAAGAGCCACUUCCUGCCACUGAUGGAGAAGUUGAGGAAGAGGGCUGAAUGCGUGCUGCUAGAGGAGGAGCAGAUGAAAGCAGAAGGGUGCGAUACCUCCGAAGCGGAGAUGCAGAUACAGGAGAAGUUCACUGUGCUGGUGCGAGACCUCUACGCCUUCUAUCCCCUCCUCAUCCCAUUUGUGGAUUCUAAUCGAGCCAGCUGGCUGAAAGAGUCAAACCCUGAUGCUGAGCAGCUGUUCAUCAUGGUGGCAGAGGUCUUUAUAUUCUGGGCCAAAUCUCAUAAUUUCAAAUGGGAGGAACAGAACUUUGUGGUCCAAAAUGAAAUCAACAACUUGGCUUUCUUGGUCAACAACGACAAAAUGUCCAAGUUUGACCAUGAGCAGAGGAGGAUGAAGAGGAAGGGAGAUCGUUAUUCCACACACACCUCUCUCAUUGUGGCAUCCAUGAAGAGACUGCUCCCUGUGGGACUCAGGGUUUGUUCUCCAAGCGACCACAGCCUUAUCAUGUUGGCUAAGAGCGGCUUCACUCAGAAGAACACCCAAGAUGAGAUUCGAGAGCGUGUUUUCAGUUGCCUUAUACAUCAUCAGAGUCAGGCGUCAAACUGUUUGAGGCAGGAGACCCUUUAUGCUGAACACCAGCUGAACACCGUCGCUGACGCCCAAAGGACUGUAGACAGGGUUCUGGAAAUAGCUCGAGUCCUUUAUUACCUGGACCAGGUGGAACACCCGCAGAGAAGUAAAAAACCUGCGUGGCACAAGGUCUUAUCCAAACAGAGGAAACGAGCAGUGGUGGCCUGCCUAAGGAUGGCUCCCCUCUACAACUUACCCAGGCACAGAGCUGUCAACCUGUUCCUCCAAGGCUACAAUAAAACCUGGAUAUCAGCUGAGGACCACAACUUUGAGGAGAAGCUCGUGGAGGAUUUGGCUAGGGGAGGAGUGAUAGAGCUGUAUGGAGGUGACAGAGAGGAAGAAAAGGAUGUGGAAGAAGGUGCCAAACGAAUCGAUCCCCUCCUACAACUCAUUACACUCUUCAGUCGAAGCGCCCUCACGGAGAGGAGUAAGCUCGGAAAUGACGCUCUCUAUAAGUCCUACGCUGCUAUCAUGGCCAAGAGCUGCCACAGGGAGGAUGAUAAUGAUGAAGAACAGGAGGUGGAAAGCUUUGAAGAAAAGGAGAUGGAGAAACAGAAGUUGCUGUACCAGCAGGCCAGGCUGCAUCGUCGUGGAGCUUCUGAGAUGGUUCUGCAAACCAUCAGUGCCAGCAAAGGGGCUAUGGGCUCCAUGAUUGCCCCUACGUUGAAGCUGGGUAUUGCUGUUCUCAACGGAGGGAAUGCCACUGUUCAACAGAAAAUGCUGGAUUAUCUGAGAGAGAAGCAAGACGUCGGCUUCUUUCAGAGCAUGGCCGGACUCAUGCGGUCAUGUAGCGUACUGGAUCUGAAUGCAUUUGAGAGGCAGAACAAAGCAGAAGGAUUAGGCAUGGCCAUGGACGAGAGCUCAGGAGAGAAGGUGAUGCCUGACAAAGAUAUAACCUGUGACCUAUUCCGUUUUCUACAGCUGCUCUGUGAAGGACACAACUCAGAUUUCCAGAAUUACCUGAGAACACAAACAGGCAACAACACUACUGUCAACAUCAUAAUAACCACUGUGGACUAUUUACUGAGAGUACAGGAGUCCAUCAGUGACUUCUACUGGUACUACUCAGGGAAGCAUGUGAUUGAUGAACACGGACAACAGAACUUCUCCAAGGCCAUCGAAGUGGCCAAGCAGGUCUUCAACACACUCACUGAGUACAUACAGGGCCCAUGCACUGGGAACCAACAGAGCCUAGCUCACAGUCGUCUGUGGGACGCUGUAGUGGGUUUCCUCCAUGUCUUUGCCCACAUGCAGAUGAAGCUCUCUCAGGAUUCAAGGCAAAUUGAGCUUCUGAAAGAGCUUAUGGAUUUACAAAAGGACAUGGUUGUAUUUUUGCUUUCCAUGUUAGAAGGUACCGUCGUGAAUGGAACUAUUGGAAAGCAGAUGGUGGAUAUGUUGGUGGAAUCAUCAGGCAAUGUGGAGAUGAUCCUCAGGUUUUUUGACAUGUUCCUCAAACUUAAAGACCUCACCUCCUCAGACGCCUUCAGAGAGUACGACCCUGAUCGUAAGGGCUGCAUCUCCAGGAAGGACUUCCAGAAAGCCAUGGAGAAUCGCAAACGUUUCUCCCAAGCUGAGAUUCACUUCCUCCUCUCCUGCAUGAAGUCCGACGAUAGUGAAAUUGUGGACUACGAGGCCUUUGUGGAUUGCUUCCACGAGCCAGCCAAAGACAUCGGCUUCAGCAUCGCGGUCCUCCUCACCAAUUUGUCCGAACACAUGCCCAACGAUGCAAGACUUAGUACGUUCCUGGAAUUGGCGAAGUGCGUCUUGACUUACUUCCGGCCCUAUUUAGGACGCAUUGAGAUCCUCGGCAGCGGGAAGCGCAUCGAACGCGUCUACUUUGAGAUCAGCGAAUCCAGCCGCACACAGUGGGAGAAGCCUCAGGUCAAAGAGUCCAAGAGGCAGUUCAUUUUUGAUGUCAUCAAUUCGGGUGGAGAGAAGGAGAAAAUGGAGAUGUUUGUCAACUUCUGCGAGGACACCAUCUUUGAGAUGCAGCUAGCAGCCCAGAUAUCUGGCUCUGAUGCUGGAGAGAGGCACGCUGAUAAAGGAGGAGAAGAAAAGAGUGAAGAUGAAGAUCUGGACAACAAAGGAAUGUUUUUCAUGCAUCACUGGUUGCUAUUGCUGAUAUCUCUACUUUCUGUCAGAAACCUGAAGGCGUUGAUGAAGAUGACCUUAAAGGAUAUCCUCAUGUCAGCUGUGUUCUUCCUCAGAUUCAUCGUUAUGGCUCAGGUCUGGUGCAUUUGUGUCGUAAUCCGCAGCAUCUUAUACAUGCUGUACAUAGCCUUUGUUAAUGGUGGUCUCAUAGAGGGAGCCAAAAGGAUGAGGAUAUCGGACUUGCUCGGUGGUAUCAUUGAGCCAACUCUUGAUGAGGUCAUGGAGGUGCCAAGUGGUGUGGAUCGGCUGAGGAAGUACUCUGCCAGUUUCUCUUCCCAGAGAGAAUUGAGGGAGAUGGGGCAUGUGGCAGCUGUGACCUCCCCCGGGGAGGCCGAUGUACUGUCAGACGUAUUCGGCCUUAAAGUGAAGAAGGAUGGAGGUCAAUACAGACUUCUAACACAAGCCCUCACUGCCAGUCUGACUGACCUGUUCAACACAACCUCCAAAACGAUUGCCACCGCCGAUACUUCUGAGAAGCAUCAGCGGACGCAACUUAAGGCCCACACAGCCGCAGAGGAGAAAACAGAAGAUGAGGCGAUGCCUGAAUCAGAGAACGCAACUUUAGGGAAGGAAUCUGAGAAUAAAACUGGGAAAGCAGAGGCAGAAUGGAAAGCCAAGAGAGAUAAUAAGUCAGAGGAACCAGAGAGCCAACACUCUGCCCUCUGGGAGAUGAUAAGCACUCAUCACAAGAGCCUGCUGAAUUACUUUGCAAGGAAUUUCUAUAAUAUGCGUUUGCUGGCUCUGUUUGUCGCCUUCGCAAUCAACUUCAUCCUCCUCUUCUACAAGGUAGCAUCCUUGCCUGCAUCACAAGCAGAGGAAGGAGUGGUCGUAUCUGUCAAGAGUGAGGGACUGGACUCUGCUGCUGACGACGACAACAAGGGCGGAGAUUACUUUGUGCUGGAGGAGAGCAGUGGAUACAUGGAGCCAUCGCUCCGUUUCCUGGCUGUAGCUCACACGAUCAUCUCUUUCUGUUGCAUUAUCGGGUACUACUGCCUCAAGGUUCCAUUGGCAAUCUUCAAACGUGAGAAGGAAGUGGCACGAAGGCUGGAGUUUGACGGGCUGUAUGUGACAGAGCAGCCCCCUGAGGAGGACAUCAAAGGGCAAUGGGACCGACUGGUCAUUAACACACCAUCGUUUCCAAGUAAUUACUGGGAUAAAUUUGUGAAGAGGAAGGUGAUGGAUAAGUAUGGUGACUUUUAUGGCUGUGAGAAGAUUAGUGAACUCUUAGGUCUGGACCAAGCUGGAUUAGACUUCAGCUCUGAGAGAAAUGAGAAGAGGAGACUCAAAAGAGACGCUGCCUGGAGUGCUCUAUUCAACUCCAUUGACGUGAAGUACCAGGUCUGGAAACUCGGUGUUGUGUUCACUGAUAACUCCUUCUUGUACUUGGCCUGGUACAUGGCCAUGUCGGUUCUGGGUCAUUAUAACAACUUCUUCUUUGCUGCCCACCUUUUGGACAUCGCCAUGGGCUUUAAGACACUUCGUACCAUCCUUUCCUCCGUCACACACAACGGGAAACAGUUGGCCCUCACCGUGGGCCUGUUGGCGGUCGUGGUGUAUCUCUACACCGUCGUGGCCUUCAACUUCUUCAGGAAGUUUUACGACAAGAGUGACGACAAAGACGCCCGAGACAUGAAGUGCAACGACAUGCUUACUUGCUACAUGUUUCACAUGUACGUGGGAGUGCGUGCGGGCGGGGGCAUCGGUGACGAGAUCGAGGACCCCGCCGGAGAUGAGUUUGAAGUGGAACGCAUGGUCUUCGACAUCACGUUUUUCUUCUUCGUCAUCGUCAUCCUCCUGGCCAUCAUCCAGGGCUUGAUAAUUGAUGCCUUUGGGGAGCUUCGUGACCAGCAGGAGCAGGUGAAAGAGGAUAUGGAGACCAAAUGUUUUAUAUGUGGAAUAGGAAGUGAAUACUUUGAUACGGUCCCUCAUGGCUUUGAGACUCACACUCUGCAGGAGCACAACUUGGCCAACUAUCUAUUUUUUCUGAUGUACCUUAUCAACAAGGAUGAAACGGAACACACGGGGCAGGAAUCCUAUGUGUGGAAAAUGUACCAGGAGCGUUGCUGGGAAUUCUUUCCUGUGGGAGACUGUUUCCGUAAGCAAUAUGAGGAUCAACUGGGAUGAAAGAGAUCGAAAGCCUUCCUAGAUAAUGGCAUCACACUGAAGCCAUCUUGAUUGAUGCACUUGGACUCACUAAAUUACCUUGACUUUUGUGUGUGCACUAUUGAUUUUGGACGGAUUUUCCCACAAAGUAUACUUUACAUUUAUGCUAAUCAGUAUUUAAAAAUUAUAUUGAUUAAAUUAUUUGGAA